AUCAUUUUCUUAAAAAUUGGCGUGUAUUUUGAAAAUUAUAUUGUUUUUUUUUUUUUGAAAGAAACUUUACACAAACCCUAUUAUCUAAACCUUUUUUUUUUUUUUGUUUUAAAGAUCUAAUUGCAAAAACAUUUUACUAACGAAGUUUCAAAAUUGUGUGUAAAUAGCCAGUUGCCUAUAAUGAAAUUAUCCGAAUUCAAAACAUUGCCAGUUGUCCCCUAUACAAGCGUGGACAUCUGUGGACUGCCCAUCUCGAUACGGGCCAUCAUACAGGCUUUUGCGACCAAAGAAUCUUUAAGCCUGCCAAGAAGCCUCACACAAGAAUACAUGAACUGCACAGGCUUAGGCUACAAGCUGCUUAACAACGAUUGGCGUGAUUAUAUUGUACAGUUUCCUUGGUUGAUUGGAGUUCUCAUUUAUGUAGCGCUACUGCCAAUUUUAUGCCUGAUCUGGUGCAUCUUUCAAUUUCGGCCAAAGAGAGCGCGACGCUUUGAAAGAGCUCCCGUACCUUCAUGGCGCUAUAUACUCUCGACAUUGCUCUUUUUACUGAAAAUUCUUUACAGCUUUUUUAUAUGGUUUACUUAUACCUCUUAUCAAAAUCAUCCGACGAGAAGUUAUCGCGAACCAGAGAAUAAUGUUAAUAUGGUGAAAAUACUCUACGAUCAGACUUUAGAUGUCAUCGAUCAUAUAUCGACGGAAAAUAUCGAAGUCGUACAAGACUUUAUGAAAAAGUUGGCAGACGAAAUGCUAACCAGCCUCAAUUCCUCAGCGCCGGAAAUAGUAAAGAACCCCGCUAGUAGUAAUCUCAUGGACAUCUACUCAGACAGCCUAGUUAUACAGCCAAUCAUAGAGGACAUACGCAAGGAUAUGCAGACCUUACUGGCAGACAUUAUGCAGUUAACAGACCUUACGAGAUUUUUCUAUCGGAAUACCACGACAUUUUUGCUUAUGAGCAAUAUAUCGGACGCAACUUAUAUGAAUCUUGUUUACAAUGAGCUCAACGGAAAUGAAUACAAAAUUGAUGCGCUACUCAAUAUCGAGCGCGUAUUAUCCAACAUAAAAGACAUUGUUGCCAUGUCAAUAGAGUUGCCAAGUUUGUCGCAAGCUUUUGCGAAAAGCUUAAAGGACUUACAUAAUUAUUACGAAUCGGUGUUCACAAAUAUGUGGGCGGAAAAAGUAACUGAAAUGAAUGCCAAUUAUUUGGAAAUUAUCAAGGCAGUAAAGAAACUUCGAACAGAAGUACCACGAGAUGUUAUGAUACAUUUACCAAAUGAUAUCUAUUCAUAUCAAUUAUUUUUUCUAAUCAUCGCUAUAAUGAUAUCUGUUUUAUGCUGGAUGCAACUAUGUUAUGCUGUGUACCAUGCGGUUUUCAUGCGCUUCAAGAAGAAAAAAUAUAUUCUUGUGAGUAUCGUUGUUUUCAUCUGUAUUACGUCCAUAGUGCUCUGUCUAAUAGCAAGUCUAAGCUUCUUUCUGGGUACAUCGUUUUUCAAUUUCAGGCAAGAUACUACCACACUGGAUAACCCCUGCGGCUCGAGCUCCAAAUCAUAUUGCGAUGCUCAAAAUAGAAUUCUCAGUUUAUUCGCUGAGAGCGCUUUUGGCCCAGAUGCAGAGAUAUACAAUGCUAUGCAACUUCAAAAUCAGCGUGUUUUCGAGGCACUUCGUACAACCCUACCUAGCGUCGCGGGGAUUUCGAAUAUUCUGCAAAUGUUGCAGUAUGCGGAUAGCACUGGAACCGUCUUCAAUUCGGGCCACAUGUUUAAUGUUGUGAAACAAGAGAUGAAUUUGGAAAAUUGGUAUACGGCCUGUGAACAGCUGAGCACGCACAUAUACACUGUGGCCGAGGCGACCAGGGGCAAUAACUUGGCGUACUACGAGCGAAUGCUGGCGUGCAACUUGAAUUUAAUGAAAACGCACGUCUUCGAAACGUUAAUUGCGAAGAAUAUAGUUAAUAAUGUAAACGUACUAUCAAAGAAAGCGGAACGCCUUGCCGCACAACUGCCGGCGGUAAAUUUGAGUACUCUCCUGCGGAAAUGUCUCAACGAGAUGCGUAUAUUGCAUGAUUACUUCGAGUUGGAAUUUAAGGAAUUGCUCAAUAAUGAAAUGAAGCAGCUUCUAAUGGAUUAUGAUUUGGAAAUGAUGUUAUAUACGAGUCAUGUCGGCUUUAUGCCGACUUGUAGAGAUUUCAAAUUGUCAAGUGUGGGUAUACCGCGACAGCUGUACGAAUGCAUUGAGAGUUGUUUGCACGGUUUCUGGAUUGGCGCUUUCAGCAUACUCAUACUACUAUUUCCGAUACUGAUCAUCUGCAUGCUGCUCGCAUACCUUUACGACAGAUAUCCUUAUUCGACACAAAGUGGCGCAAGUAGUAGAUCAACACCACCCGAUGACAGUACAUCGCAUACCAGCAGCACAACGGCAGCCAGUGACGCUGGCCCGGUCAAUGAACCCGUAAACGAACCGAGUCCACCGCAAAAUAAUUGGCGAGAUAAAUUUGGCUCGCGGCUCAGACGAGCACAUGUCACCUUUAAGACGCCAUCAACGUCUAGCGAUACGAAUAAGGUGUCAAGUGCACAGCGUUCCAGUACAGCGAAAAUUAGAGAUUUAAUUUAUUCGAUUUUAAGUUCGGCGCCGAGUGUAACACCAACAGCAGAGGUCAAAGUAAGCAGUAGUACUACAACGUCCGAGGAAUCCAGCGAGGCUGAGCUUGCUUAACGAAAAAAAUUACUCCAACAGCAAAUUGGUGGUUGUCUAGUUUAAGACCCAGAUAUGUACUUAUAUAUAUUCUAAAAUAAAUAACGCGAAAUUGCUUAUGUUUCACAAAUAUAGUAA